AUGCGCGAUUGCAGCGGGAGGUUGGUGGGAGUCGGAGGGGUGCCCCGGAUGGUGGUGCGCGGAAGGAGGAUGAAGGAGAGGUGGAGGUGGGGGGGAAGGGAGGAAGGAGUGUCGGGGGGUGAGUUGUCAUAGGUAGGGAGGGGGGGGUGUUUACCCUUGCCGGAUGUCCCGCCGGGGCAUUUUGUGCUAUCGGGUGUUGUGGUUUGGUUGGGAUUCGAGUGAUAGUGUGUGAUAUGGUGGGAAGGUGUGGUUCCGGAUCGUCUGGGGGUUAUUUGUCGGUGUUGGUGUAGUUGGG